GGCAGCACUCUGGCCAACUCAGCCAAAUACUGUCAUCCAAACCCAGUCUUCUUAUUUUCAAUCUUCUCACUGCCCUACAAUUUACGGCCUAAAUUUGCCAACACAUACGAUUUUGUACCUGUAAAUUGUAUAUUUUUCCGGGGAUAGUGCAAAAAAUCAGCCAAAUGCUGCCCAAACUUAAAAUAUCUGUUUUGCUUUUGAAGCGUCUGGAGCGAAUCAAGCAGCAGUGCAGUGGUUGUCUCUUUGGUGUGCUCUAUGGCGAAGGCACAUUGUUACUUAUGGGAUUCAAUGUCGAAUCCACCAUUGGGCAUCUGAAUUAUAAACAAAUUCAAUUCAAAUUUCCUGCAGAAUUGGACUUGUGUGGGCUGGUGAAAUUUGGAGAUUGCACCGAUGCUGAAGCGCAUUUAAGUGAGAUUUUAAAAGACGUAGAUAUUACAGACAACCCCAUAUUAUUGCAGUGCGAGCUCGGUACACUUGUGGGAUUGCGUGCAUCUGUUUUUAUGCAUAGUAAAUUGGAAGAGGUGCCUUAUGAAGUGAUGGAAGCAGAGCAGUUGUAUCAUGAUUUUUGCUUUACACGACUGAAAUGUAGCCUGGAAUUUCAUACACACCAAAAUGUGGAGGCUGUACGUAAGCAAAUGCAUGCAUUACGAAAAGUUCUCUCAGGAGGCAGCUUAGCAUUUUGUUUGGAGUCUACUAAAAUUUAUCUGACUAGCUCAGGCGCCCAAGGGAAAGGCAUUACAAAUGAAUCGUUGAUUAGUGAUGUCUUAAAUGCUGUUAGUAAAGCUAUUAGUAGCGCUGAUGAAAAGUUUGAAUAUAUGGAAAAAGGCAGCAAGAAAAAAGUGCAAAGUACGAGCGUGUCAUUAGCGAGCGUAUUCGGGGCAUUGGGUUGCGCCUACGACAUACUAAGCAUAAAUGUGCUACGGUGUAAAACACUUGAUCGAACGGUGGCGGAUAGUGCAGGUAAGGAAGUACCGCCGCCAGCAGUUUCUAUGUCAGUGAAACGCGAGGAAGGAAAAGUGUGCAUGCCAUUGGAAGUGGAAGCAAUGGCUAUGCUCUGCAAAAACACAAAAGUAAGUCGUUUAUAUGAUAUACUUAUUGAGAGCAUAUGCCGCUCGCUGCGGCUAUUCGAACAAAGCAUGGUGGAACACUUGGAAACCUCAGCAGACGCACCACAACUUCUUAGGCCUACUGGCUAUCACUUCUUUCCGCAGGAGUUUGGACACUUCCUAUCAUGCUCUUACUUAGACGGCGUUUCUGACGACGAAAGCAGUGUGCAGGAUAAACGUAAAAAACUUCAUCGCCAUUUUGGUUUGACGGUAAUACGCCCAUAUUUCCGGCGUGCUAACCGUUGUCUAUUCCGGAAUGAACUGGAUACCAACAUACCAUUGGUGAACACACAUGUAGGCUUGCGUCCUAGUGGCAUUACCGAUGGCAAGCAAUAUCUUCUUCAGGGAAAUUACUAUUACUAUCAUUAUCUACAACAGCAAAUGCAGGACAAAGGUUGGGGCUGUGCGUAUCGAUCGUUGCAAACGAUUUGCUCGUGGUUUAUGCUACAGGGCUAUACAGAGAAACCAGUGCCAACACAUCGUGAAAUUCAGCAAUAUUUAGUACGUAUUGGUGAUAAGCAGCCCAAUUUUGUGGGCUCCUCCCAAUGGAUUGGUUCGACAGAGGUCAGCAUGUGCCUUCAAGGAUUUCUUAACGUUGACUCCAGAAUACAACAUGUCACAUCAGGUGCCGAUGUGGCUACACUUGCUUCCGAUUUGGCUAUGCAUUUCCAGACACAAGGCACACCGAUAAUGAUUGGUGGUGGUGUUUUGGCACAUACCAUAAUCGGCAUCGACUACUGCUCACAAACCGGGAAAGUCAAGUUUUUGAUAUUGGACCCCCAUUAUACAGGCGGUGAUGACUUACAUACGAUUCAGGCAAAAGGUUGGUGCGGUUGGAAAGGCGGAGAUUUCUGGGAUAAAAAAAGUUAUUACAAUCUCUGUAUGCCGCAACGGCCGAUCAUGUUUUAGAUGCGCAGGUUUUGGGUGUUUUUCAACAAUUUUUUUUUUUAGUCAUUUUUUACGCGUAAAGGUCCGUCUCAAGAUUUAAUUUGUUACUAUUUGGAAUUUUGUUUGUUUUUGUAGUGUUAACAAUUUAUUGUGCAUGUACAAUUAGCAAACUCUGUAUUCGGUGGUAUUUGUCUAAAAAUGCUUUAAGUUUUUAAUCUUAAAAAAUUAGCUAAACGAAAGCCAGAACGAGCAGCAUUUGUAAUAUUAAGCACACAUGUACGUACUUUUAUUAAAGAUUAUUUACUAUACAUACAUACAAA